CUCAAUUUGAAGAAACCAGCAAGGAUAUGAUUGGCCCCAUUGAUCAAGAGAGCCUGCAGCUUAUUCCAGCAGGCCGGUACAGUGUAGUCAUUGGGAUGGUUGGCACUGCCCCAAUGCAAACCUUUCCACAGCCUCCUGCUACAAACUUUGAUCGGCAUGUAGAAAUCGCUGAAGGGAGCUUAUAUGUGGAGAGAGAACUUGAUGAAGCACUUGGCCCACUGAUGGGAAGUCAUGCGGAAUCCCUACAUGUGCAUGAUGUCAUGGUACGGGCUAUUGUGCCUCAAGCCCGUCCGUGGGAAGUGCUUAGGUGGUGCUGUGUGGAGAGGUGCCCAAAAGUGGAUACCAUCUUCCCUGGGAAUUCAUACAAAUUUACUGCAUUGGAGACCUUCUGGGUGUCGGAUCUCCUAAUGGCCCGCUCAAUUUUGAGUAAAGUUUCACGCCUUAAUCGAUAUGGCAGUACUGGAUCCUUCCAAAAUUUACAGCACCUUCAGCUGCGUUCAUGCCCCAGCCUCCAGUUUGUGCUCCCUUUGUGGGUCUCCUCCUUCCCCAGCUUGGAGACCCUCCACAUCAUCCACUGCGGCAACCUCAGCCACGUCUUCGUACAGGACGAAAAAUACCCUAAAGAAAUGACUACCUUUGGUGUACUAUUCCCGAAGCUGGCGACCAUCCACCUGCACGACCUCCCGAAGCUGCAGGAGAUAUGCGAGGUCGAGAUGGUGGCCCCUGCGCUUAAGAGCCUCAAGAUCAGGGGAUGCUGGAGCCUGCGCAGGCUGCCAUCCGUGGGUGCCCGUGGCCGUGGCGAGAAGAAGCCGGCCGUCGAGAUUGAGAAGGACGUGUGGGACGCUCUAGAGUGGGAUGCCAGUCACCGCCCUGACCACUUCGAGGCGCCGGUCCACUCGCGCUACUACAAGGAGAAGCUGCCCAGGGUGUCCGUCCUCAGGUGAACUCUGCAUUGUAGUGUUUCCUCAUUCGCUACCUGAGAGUGACGGAUGCUGCUGCUGGAUCAUGAGAUUGGUUUGCUUGUGUGCCUGCUUGGAUUUCCAUUGGCCGUAGGUGCGAGCUUAUGGUCGCUCUCACCGUUUAUUAUAUUGUGGAUUUCAAAGAAGAGACGGACAGGUUUGUGCCUGCCUACACAGACCUGGACGGUGCGCGUGCGUGUGGUUUGAGAUCGGAGCGGCUUGUUGUGGACACCUGCGUCCAUCCACUAGUCUGCAUUUGUGUGUGUGGCUUUGAUGAAUGCUUGCUAUGUGUGUGUGUGGAAUUGUCACAGCUGCCUAUGUCUAUGUGUGCCGGCGUGCAUGUACAAGCCUAUCUACUUCUGAGUGUGACUUGUUUGAGAGUGUUUGCCAUGUAUCUGAACCAAGAAACAGUUUGGCUGGUUGUUCGUGUGCUUGUGCAUGCAUUGACAUGCUAGCUACCCGUGUGUUUUGUUUGAUAUAUGCUUUUCAAAAAUAAGAAAAAGCAGCAGCUA